AUGGCGAAAAAGAGAAAGGCAUCUUCUGCUGGAGCGUCUAGGGACGAUGUUGCAGACGACUCGAACAAGCGCACAAAGAUGCGCAUCAAGACCUACGAAGAUGUGGCGGGCUCCGACGACGAGUUCCACAUCAACCGCGACAAGAUCAUGCUGGAUGAUGGACCCGAGGCAAAGAGGAGGAGAAGGGUCCAGGAAGAAGAGGAAUUCCUGCAACAAUCCGACGAAGAAGUCCUAGGAUACUCGAGCCCCUCGGAAGCCGAAGAUGACGACGACGACGACUUUGAAGACGAGCAACAGGUACCGGCCAACAAGUCGAAGAAGGAUGCACAGGAUGAAGAGGAGGACGAGGACGAUAUGGGUGCAUGGGGUGAAUCCAAGCAAGACUACUACAACGCCGAUGCCAUCGAGACCGAGCAAGACGCACUGGACGAAGAAAAGGAAGCUCUGCGUCUGCAAAAGAAGCAGCUACAGGCCAUGAGCGCCGCCGACUUUGGGUUCGACGAGGCAGACUGGCAACAAGAGGACGAACAGGACGCAGACCAGGAUGGCGAGGUUGUCACCGAAGUGCUGCCUCAACUCGAACUGGACGACAAAAUGGCCCCCACCGAACGCCUCAAGUUACUCAAGACACGCUACCCGGAGUUUGAGCCUCUGAGCAAGGAGCUGCUCACCCUGCACCAAACAUUCCAGGAUCUUUCUGCUGUUGAAUCACCAUCUCUUGCUGUUCAGACCAAGCAGCAAGCAGCUGCCGCUUACCUCGCCUCGCUAACCAUGUAUUUCGCUCUCCUUACCUCUACCGCCCAGGAAAAGCAAACGAAAGGUCUCGCUCUAUCUGCAGCCACCAUUCGCGACCACCCCGUCAUGGAAAGUCUGAUCCAAUGCCGUGAUCUCUGGUCACGCCUCAGAGACCUGCCCGAGGACGACUCGGAAGACGAGGACAUCAUGGAAGGAGCAUCAGAGGAAGAACCGAGCGAAUCGGAAGAGGAACAAAUCCCCGUCGCCAUCCUCCCCAAGAAGACCAAGAAAACCGCCGCCGAACGCGCCGCAGACGCAGUAACAGCAGCAGCAGAAGCCCGCCGCGCCGAACGCCUACGCAAGACCGAAGCAGACUUUGGCGACCUCGACGCCCUCCUCACCACCACCACCUCUUCCCGCCCUAAAAAUUCAAAGAAGUCACAACAAGCAGCAACAGCCGCCCUCGACGAAAACGAUUCAGACCUCGGCGAAGACACCUCCCUCACAGCCUCCGAACUCGCCGAAAAGGCAAAGAGGAAGAAGUCCCUGCGCUUCUACACUUCGCAAAUCGCCCAAAAGGCAAACAAGCGCGGUGCCAAGGUGCAGGGCGGAGACGAGGAUGUACCGCACCGCGAGCGUCUGCGCGACAGACAAGCUCGUCUGCAAGUGGAGGCAGAAGCACGAGGCAAGAGCUUCGACCGCGAUCAGCUCGGCGAAGACAGCGAAGACGACAACGACCGCGCUGUUGCCCGCGAAGUGCGUGGAGAGAAGAAUCUCGACGACGGUGAAGAAGACUACUACGACAUGGUCGCCUCGAAAGUCGCAAAGAAGAAGUCAGACAAAGCAGCCGAGGCCGCUGCAUUCAAGGCAGCAGCAGCCCAAGGCGGCAGGGUCAUUGAAAAGGAGGAAGUGGGUCCGGAUGGAAAGAGAGCAAUCACGUAUGCGAUUGAGAAGAACAAGGGUCUUACACCGCACAGGAAAAAGGAUGUGCGCAACCCGCGUGUCAAGAAGCGCAAGAAGUUCGAGGAGAAGAAGAAGAAGCUUGCCUCCAUCAAGCCAGUCUACAAGGGCGGUGAAGGAAGAGGUGGCUACGGUGGUGAACUCACCGGUAUCAAGAAGGGUUUGGUCAGGAGUACCAAGCUCUGA